AUAGGUCACGUGACAUAACCUCUACUAGAAACAACUGUCACAAUUUUGACAUAUGGGAAAAUUUGUGUACAUGUAAUAUUAAAAUUGUUUAUAAAUACUGUUAUAUUAAUAAUGGAUAAUAUACAAAAAAUGGAGGAGCGUAUAAAAGAAUUGGAAAAACAAAUUGCUGAAUUUAAAUCGAAAAAUGUUGAAUUUUCUAGAGACAAAGUUGAACAAAUGUCAAGUGAAGUAGUCGACACUAAUCCAUAUAGUCGUUUAAUGGCGUUACAACGAAUGGGUAUUGUUAAAGAUUAUGAGAGAAUUCGAAACAUGACAAUUGCAAUUGUAGGUGUUGGUGGAGUUGGAAGUGUAACAGCCGAAAUGCUUACAAGAUGCGGUAUUGGAAAGCUGGUACUUUUCGAUUAUGACAAAGUGGAAUUAGCAAAUAUGAAUAGACUUUUCUUUCAACCACAUCAAGUUGGUCAGAGCAAAGUAGAUGCAGCGGCUAAAACUCUGAGAUUUAUUAAUCCUGAUGUACAAAUUGAUACACACAAUUAUAAUAUAACACUUGUUGAUCAUUUCCAACAAUUUAUGGAUACAAUAAGCACUUCGAGUCUAUCGAAAGGACAUGUUGAUCUUGUUUUGAGUUGUGUCGAUAAUUUUGAAGCUCGAAUGGCCAUAAACACAGCAUGCAAUGAACUCAAUCAAAAAUGGUUUGAAAGUGGAGUUUCCGAAAAUGCCGUUUCCGGUCACAUUCAAUUUAUCAUUCCCGGAGAAACUGCAUGCUUUGCGUGUGCACCACCAUUGAUAGUUGCAUCCAGUAUAGAUGAAAAAACACUAAAACGAGAUGGUGUUUGUGCAGCUUCACUUCCAACAACAAUGGGAAUUGUUGCCGGAUUUCUUGUUCAAAAUGCUUUGAAAUUUUUACUCAAUUUUGGAACAGUCUCAAAUUAUUUGGGCUACAAUGCAAUGCAAGAUUUUUUCCCUAGCAUGACAUUGAGACCAAAUGAAAAUUGCGAUGAUAAAUAUUGUCAACAACGACAGAGAGAAUAUUUGACAAAACCAAAAGUGGAACAGUGCGAGGAAUGCUUGGAAGACACUCCAUUACACGAAGACAAUGAAUGGGGUAUUUGUCUGGUUGAUGAAACAGAACCAGAGACGGAGGAAAAACAACCAAUUAUUUUAGGUACCGGUUUACGAUCGGCUUAUACACUUCCAACUUCUGAAAUUGAAACUGCACAAGAACAACUUUCUGACGGUCCAAGUUUAGAAGAACUUAUGGAACAAAUGAAAUCUAUAUGAAUAUUUUUUUUGUCAAUUUAAAAAAAAAUGGGAGAAAUUUUUUUUUAAAAAGAAAACUUAUUUUUUGAUUUUUACAUUGUUGAUGUAUUUUUUUUUUAUAUAAAAAAAUCAUUAAAAUAUAAAAACUAUGUAUCAAA